AUAAACAGCAUGUCAACGCCGUUUGGUUGUCACCAUAUGAGCCGCCGCCGUCGAGAAAACCAUUGCACUUUGUUGUCUGCAUGCAGCUCCUACAAUUAUUAUAUUAAUUUCGUAAGCAAUGAAAUUUUAAAAGUUUUCUAUAAAAUAUGUUAAAACUAAACGGCAUACUACGAAAUCUAAGUAGACGUCAUCUUCCCAUAGUGGUAUGUCGUGAUUUCUCUGCAAAAACAGACGAGCAAUUGACAAAAAUAAGCUCUCGCCAAAAAACCUGGCUAGAGACGCAGGAACGUUACAAAAACUAUCAGAAUGUAAUCUAUAGUUCAUAUUUGGAAACACAAGAGGAGCACAUGAGUUAUGGCCUGAAGAGAUCUUUGGUGAAUAAAAUAAAAAGGGAUAGGAGGCGCCUGCAAAAUGAAGCGAAACUGAAUAGUCUUAGCACUGGAUCCGAAAUUCCAAAUGAUUGGAUGGAAGAAUAUGAACAUUAUAGUGGACCUUUAGAUGAAAAUAAAGAAGUUAAAAACAAAAUGGGUACAGCUGAUGCCACAAUACCGUCUUCCAAUGUCCCCUGCAAUGGUUGUGGAGCACAUUUGCAUUGUAAUCACCACACAAGACCGGGCUUCCUACCGGUGGAAAUUUUCAAAGGCCGCACCACCAAAGAACUAAAGACCAUUAUUUGCCAACGUUGUCAUUUCCUGAAGCACUACAACAUUGCCUUGGACAUAGAGGUGACGCCAGAAUCAUACGUUGAAACAAUAUCCCGCAUUAAAAGUGAAUUCGCCCUGGCAAUAGUCAUUGUAGAUCUUUUAGAUUUCCCCAGUUCAAUUUGGCCGGGUAUGCAUGAGGUUCUGGGACCUAAACGUCCAAUAUUUGUAGUGGGUAACAAAGUAGAUCUGUUGCCGCGGGACAGCAAUGGUUACCUGGAUCAUGUGAAACAAUGUCUAAAAGACGAAAUCGUUAAGACCGGAAUCGAUAGACUCAAUAUUAAACAUGUCAGCUUGAUAUCGGCUAAAACUGGUUAUGGCAUUGAGGAACUUAUAACACAAUUGCAAAAAAUAUGGGCCUAUAAGGGAGAUGUCUAUCUGGUUGGUUGUACAAAUGUUGGUAAAAGUUCACUGUUUAAUAUUUUGCUCAAUUCUGACUAUAGCAGGCCACAGGUUUCGGAUCUGAUACCAAAAGCAACAACAUGUCCCUGGCCUGGUACGACGUUGCAGAUGUUGAAAUUUCCCAUCUAUAGGCCAUCGGAAAUAAGAAUUUUCCAGAGAUUUAAACGUUUGCAAUCGGAAAAGUUUGCCAAAGCCGAAAUGGCAAAAUUGCGUUUGGAAAAGGCCCGCAAAACAGGUAACUUUGAAAAUGUUGUACCCAUGGGAACCAUUGGCAGAACAUAUGUUGAAAAUAAUGCCGUAGAAGUGGCAGAUCCCUUUUCGAUGGGAGAGGGAACACAACCCAUUACCAGUUUAAAUGAAAAAAGCAAAGAGUUCCAGCAGGCAAGAUGGCUAUAUGACACUCCUGGUGUUAUGCAUCCUGAUCAGAUCACAAAUCUGCUAACACCCAAGGAGUUAAUGGAGUUACAACCACAACGAAUGAUAUCACCACGAGCAUAUCGCCUAAAGCCAGGAAUGAGUUUAUUUGUGGCUGGCUUGGCACGUUUGGAUUUCAUUGGUAGCAAUUCGCAAGAAUUGGAAUGGAUACAAACUUUUUUGUUUGCUUCCUUUAAUUUGCCAACAUUGAUUGCUCGCACUGAUGGAGCUGAAGAGGUGUAUGAAAAAUAUUUAAAUACUCCACUAAUGCAUGUACCAAAAAUUAUAGAAGGCGAGAAACGUCCAUGUACGUGGCCUGGUCUGCAAUGCCAUCCCGAAGAAUUCAAAAUUAAAGGUUAUAUUUUAAAACCAAAAAUUAACGAAUUAAAUUGUUCAGCAGAUAUAACCCUAUCAUCGGUGGGAUGGGUGGGUUUACGCAUUCCCGUCGAUACGGAGUGUACAUUUAAAGCUUGGACACCUGGAGCCAAGGGGAUUUACUGUCGAAACUUAUCAUUGAUACCAUACGCAGAGCGUCUAAUUGGUAAAAAGAUAAGAAAUUCAUUAGCCUAUAAUACGUCGAAGCCUUUUAUUUUUAAGAAAUAAAAAAUUGUUUUUUAGUUUUAAAUAA